AUGGCUGAUGACGCACCGCGGUCCAUGUCCAUUGUUCCAUAUUCUUCGAAUCGACAUGUCGUAUUACGCCACAAUGAUUCGGUAGUCGUGCUUGACCACGACUCUCAACAACUAGUACUCCGCCAUGCGAACUCCAGCAACGGCGGAGACCUCGAUCUCGACCUCCCAGACUGCCCUUACUGCCAUCGUCCCAUGCGUGGUCGAGACAAUGAACCGGAUGCACGCCGAGGACGCAGCGGUGGCCCUGAGCAGCCCAAUUUCGUGACGCCGGAAUACUUCCGUCUUCUUCACGAUAGCAUCCCCAACUCCGAAGCGUCUACACCUCCACCAUUAUCGCCACGUCUACGACUCGCGCAACCGGCCUUGACAGAUGGUUCGGUUAGAUCUUCUUCGCCAUACGUACAACCCACCUCAUCGUCUCCGCAGGGUAUAUCGUCGACAGCAUUUAGCCAGGGAUAUUUCAAAAAAUUCUUUGUAGAAGAAGCCGAGUUGGGUCGAGGCGGGAAGGGUGUUGUACUUUUGGUAAAACAUAUGCUUGAUGGUGUUUCGCUGGGUCACUUUGCUUGUAAACGUGUACCCGUGGGUGACGAUCAUGAAUGGCUGGAAAAAGUUUUGAUUGAGGUGCAGCUGUUGCAGCAUCUGUCGCACCAGAAUUUAGUGUCGUAUCGACAUGUAUGGUUGGAGGAUUACAAAAUCAGUGUUUUUGGUCCGAGUGUGCCUUGCGCAUUUAUUUUGCAACAGUAUUGCAAUGCCGGUGACCUGCACAAAUAUGUGGUUGGGUCCCUGUCGACUUCCACGACUACGCAGCAAUUGAAGGAGCGCAUUCGUCGCAGGUCUAAAGGUCAGGCUGAGACACCUGACUUUUCGGGACCUAGGAAACUGCAUUUCGAAGAAAUAUACUCUUUCUUCAAGGAUAUUACUUCGGGCAUACGUUUCUUACAUGCCAAUGGCUUCAUUCACCGCGACCUCAAACCGAGUAACUGUCUGUUACAUGAUUCGGGCCAGGAAUUACACGUUCUUGUUAGUGACUUCGGUGAAGUACAGUAUGAGAAUGCGGUGCGAAAAUCAACAGGUACAACCGGAACAAUAUCAUACUGUGCCCCUGAAGUCCUGCGAAGGCAAUUUUAUCCCGAUGGUCCAUUUGUGAACUUUACCUUCAAAUCGGACGUUUUUUCCCUCGGAAUGAUCCUUCACUUCCUCUGUUUUGCACAACUCCCAUAUCGCAGUGCAGACCUGAUGGAGGAGAAAGAAGAUAUUGACGAGCUUCGAGCUGAGAUCAGUGGCUGGAAAGGAUUCGAUGACUCGCUCAAGAGGCUUCGUCCGGAUUUACCGGACAAGCUUUACACCAUCCUACAACGACUACUAGCUAUAGACCCUACUUUCAGGCCUACUGCUGAUGAAGUCCUGGUCAGUAUCCAGGCAGGCGUUACGGGCAACGAGAGCCGCCGUUUUGGCCGUGCAAGCUCCGCUGGACCCGAGUUCAGCCAUCAACGCAUACAGCCUGUUGAAUCUCCAGCCCCUAAUAGUCCUCGGCAAUCUCGCUCUCCAGUAAAAAGUGUGCCACGAUCAACCGGUUCUCUAUCUGUUCGAUCACCGGUCAGUCAUCGCCGGUCGCCUAGCAGACAGGACCAGGAUGUGAUACUUCGUCCUAGAUUCCUAAGUACACCAUCCAUACCUCCACAGCGUAUAGACGAUAAUGUCGAACAUAUUGAUCCCCAACGACGAUCUACCCAUCCCAUACCCCACCAUCACAGCCAUGAUCUUUCAUCAACUCCACCAAACCAAGCACCCCUACUACCACACAGAUUACUCCCUCCACCACCAGAAACAUUCUGGAGCAGUACAUAUCUAUAUCUCAUACCCAUACCUUCCAUGGGCAUUCAAAUCCCCAUCCCAAACGCACGAGUGACGCUAUUUAUCGCGAAGCAGAUUCUAAUCUUACAGACUUGCAUGCCACUAGCCGUGAAUCCAUGGGUAUUUUACCCUCUAUUCAUACUUUCUGUGUUGUUCCUGCCGAUACAGGGUCCAAGGACACAGUUGAUUUCAUUGGCUGUUCAUCUUGGAUUGAUGGCGUUAAGUGCAAGGACGGAUAGUAUUUGUGUUUGGGGUAGUUCUAGGGCGUUUUAUGCCUGA